AAAUCAUAAGUCAGUUUACAUUCAGAUGAGUAGUUAUAUUCUGAUUUCAUUAAAAAAAUAGGAUGGGCCCGUCCUUAUGUUCCAAUGAGCCAUCAGAUGGUCAUUAUAAACAUGCCUGUUCUUAUCUAUAGAUAUUCAAAAAGUGUUCAACAUAGUAUACAGCCAGUUCUAAAGAUCUGGUUUGGUGUGAUAUCAAAAAUAGCUCUCGGGAACCAGUGACCUGAACCUAUCAACUUGUGAACUACUACAAUUUGCCUCAACAAUGGAAGAUUUGGAGUGGGGGAACCCAUCUGAGUCUAGUCUAUGGAGCUGUAUGUCUGAAACCUCUCAUGAGAUCCCAACAAUGUCAGCUUCUCAUAGCUCACUGCAAUCUCUUUCAGAUGAUAGCCUGAUUAAUAGCACAGUAUCCCUGCGCACAGAGAAUUACUGUUGUUUAAACCCAUAUUUUCAAGGUUUCAAAAUGUGUGGUAAUGGUUCAAGUUCUUAUGCUCCAGUUGAUGAAAUGCUUAUGCAGCUUGUCCCAGCUAUAGAUAUGAUAAAUAGUUCUUCUGGAUUGAACAUGUCCCAGCGCCAAGAAGCCAUUAGAUUAGCAGCUGAUGCAGUCUUAGCGAAAUCAGGGGCUGGAACGAAUUGGAGCGAAGCCUUAAGCACUCAAUUAAAUGCCUCACCUCUGGCAAGCAGGUCUUACAUGAACAAAAUCUCUGAUUACAUGGAGGAUGCUAAGAAAUCAGAAAAAUGUUUACAGUCACAAGGUCUUGAUCAUGGUCUGAAAAGCAUUAAUGAAGAUGAUAGUAACGUUGUGCUUUCUACCACAAACUCGAUAGAAUCGCUGGAUUGUUUGCUAUCUGAAACAAACAGCAAUUUUGAUAACACUUCUAUGGAAGAUGAUGGUGUUUCAUCAAAACUCAGUAAUGGCAAUUUGGAUUUGGGGCAAACAUUCACAGACUGGGAUGAGGCAGCCUCUCAAGGACCUUCAGGUCCCUCAAGGCCCAAAACCAUCAGGAAACAAACCGAAGAGGCAGAAGAUUCAAUCCGAAAUCAGGUAAAAAAGCCUAGGUCUCUCUCGAUUCAAACUUUGCAACAACCCAAGCAGGACCCAAGUAUCAAUAAUCAUCAUCACUACUUUGAUCUGGUUCAGACCAACUCUUCAAGCUCAGAUCAAGGUUUUAAGCUCAUCUAUGAGAAUCCACCAAAAUCCAAGAGACCCAGGUCUCAAAAGCACCAGAAAACCUCGACCAUUGAAUUUUUUCAGGCCAACUCUUCCUAUGUUGAGGCUGAUGCAGAGGCCAUGGCUACCAUGAAGGAAAUGUUUUAUAGAGCAGCUGCCUUUAGGCCUGUAAAUAUGGAAAUGGAGGUAAUUGAUAAGCCAAAGAGGAGGAAUGUCAGGAUAUCAGAUGAUCCUCAAACCGCAGCCGCUCGUAGGCGUAGAGAGAGAAUCAGCGAUCGAAUCAGGGUUCUGCAGAGGCUUGUUCCUGGCGGCACAAAGAUGGACACCGCAUCGAUGCUUGACGAAGCAGCAAAUUAUCUCAAGUUCUUGAGAUCACAGGUUACUGCACUCGAGUCACUAGGCAAUAGGCUCGACACCACCAUGAAUUGCACCGCGUCCACGAACCCACUCCAUCUCCUCGUCCCCUUCAACUGAUCACCACCACAUGGGACUGUUAUUUCUCUCUCAUUGUUGAUCACCAUUAAAAUUGAUUAGCAUGUAUUAAUGGGCAUGACAUGAUGUUAAUGAUGGAUGUGUUCAUGUGGGGUUUCAGCUAUCUGUGCAUGAGAUGAGAUGAUAAAAAUCUACGUGUUGUUAAAUCUUAAUCAUCCAUCCAUCAUUGAUGUUGGGUUCAAUUAUGAGUGUAUAAUGAGAUGAAAUGAGAUUAAUCAAAACCAAUGCAUUCUUAAUCAUC